AUGGAUCCAACAAUGAUUAAUAUUUUGGAUGUUAUCAAUUUUGCAAUCCCUGCUUGGAGAGAAAAUGUUAUAGGUCCAGAGCUUAGAGAAGAAAUUGUGGAUACCAUCGGAAAAGUGAUGUUGAUGUUGAAGUUGAAGGAUGAUACUAUACCUGUGGAACCAAUUUCACGUAAGGAAGCACUUAUUACAUCUAAAACUCUUGUCAAUUUUGUGGUACAGUUCGAAAAGGCAACACCGGAGCUCUUGGAUGCAAUAAAAAAAGUUAGAGAUAAGCUUCAAGUAGAUUUGAAUUUGAAGAAAAAAUAG